GAAAGUAGAAACUUCUUAAAAACUGUGCAUUUAUGAUGUUAUUCUCAUAUAUAUGAAGCACACCUACUUCUAAGCACUUUAAAACCGUGUAUAUGAUGAUGUUGAACGUCUUGAGAAUGCAAAGAGGUACUGUCAGUGUGUGUAGGAGGUGUGAAAGACUUCUGAAGAGACUGUAUUUUUCUCAAGUUUUUGAAACAAUUGAAAACCAAAUGAAAUAUUCAUUACCACUUUCAAAUGGCCUGUUAUUCAGAAAUCACAGCACAGUUAAUGGUUGGAUUAAGCCAGAAGGUGUAGAUACAGGUAUCAAUGUGUACAAUACACUUACCAAAUCAAAAGAACCAUUGGUGCUCACCAAUGAUAACAUCGCAAAAUGGUAUGUGUGUGGGCCGACUGUAUACGACUCUUCACACAUUGGCCAUGCGUGUUGUUAUAUUAGGAAUGAUUUGUUACGGAGAAUCUUACAAAAUCACUUCAACAUUGAUGUUGUCAUGGUGAUGGGAGUAACAGAUAUCGAUGAUAAAAUUAUCAAUCGGGCAAAUUCAGAAAAGAGAGAUGCCAAAUUACUUGCCAGAGUUUAUGAGAAAGAAUUCUGGGAAAACAUGAACGACCUACAAGUUCUACCACCGACAGCUAUUACCAGAGUAACAGAACAUAUCCCACAAAUCAUUGCGUUUAUUCAACGUAUUAUUGACAAUGGCUUUGCCUAUCCCGUUCAGCGAGGCAGUGUGUAUUUUGAUGUUGUUAAGUAUGGUCGCUAUGGGAAACUAGUUCCACAUGUAAUGGCAAUGGAGACACUUGGAAAUGUUGACCAAGAAAAAUACAACGACCGUGAUUUUGCUCUAUGGAAAUCGUCAAAGGAGGGAGAACCCUCCUGGGAUUCCCCCUGGGGCAAGGGUAGGCCUGGUUGGCACAUUGAAUGUUCUACAAUGAGCACAGCUGUGUUGGGUGAGCAGUUGGAUCUCCAUACUGGUGGAGAGGACCUGAUGUUCCCUCACCAUGAGAAUGAGUUGGCCCAAUCACAGGCAUGCUUUCAAUGCGAGCAGUGGACAAAUUAUUGGUUGCAUACAGGGCAUUUACAUCUAAAGGGAGACAUGCAGAAGAUGUCAAAGUCUUUAAAGAAUACAAUUUCAAUUACUGACCUCUUACAGCGAUAUUCUGCUCCACAGUUCAGACUAUUCUGCUUGCUGAGUCACUACAGACAGAGGGUCGAAUACAGUGAUGAUAGGAUGGAGUUGGCAGUUAAUCUUAGCAAGAAGUUCCAGUCAUUCUUUACCUCUGCUGCAGGUUAUGUGAAAGGUCAAGGUCAAGAAAACGAAUCACCAAUUGAUGAACCACAUCUAUUAAAAUGUUUAAGUGACACAAGACAAAAGUUCCAUGACUGUUUGGCGGAUGACUUCGACACAGGACGUGCAAUAGAAGCUAUACAGGGUCUAAUACAUGAGACUAAUGUACAAUUACAACCAAGUGCAAACAAUAGCAAUAAUAAAAAAGUUGUGACUACAGUAGUGCGCAGUCCCAGUACUAUAGCUGCAAUAUCUGGUUAUAUUGAGAGAACCCUGAAUCUACUUGCAAUACACCCUGGAAGUCAGGUGUCUCAGGUGGAAAAGCAGCAUAUCAGUGGACUAAUGGACAGUGUUGUAAAGUUUAGAAGUGAUGUUAGAAACUUUGCCCUGGGAACUGAGGAAUCGGUGAAUUUAGAUUCAACAUAUGGCGGUAAGAAUGCCCAGGCAUUGAGUGGAAAAGAGAAGAAAGAUAUGAUAAAACAGCUACGUAAAGAACGACAGCCUUUACUAAAACAUUGUGACAAUUUGCGUGAUGACCUCAACAUACAUGGAAUACAUUUACAGGAUCGGGGAAAGGAAGCAACAUGGGAGUUAAUCAACAAACAGUCAACAAAAUCAGGAUCUCAUUCUUCAUAGCCCUGGCCUUAAAAUUGAUGU